UUACUAAAGCCAAGUAAUGCAUACACGGAUUUCUACAAUCUUCAAGAUUUCUCUACUAAGCAAACUGAGGCCCACAAACAUACAGGUCGCAAACAAUGCGUUGGGCAGAGACAACGGUGCAGCAUCGUAUCCGUUAACGUCAGAUAUAGAGGAUCAAGCUGAGCCUCAUAAAGGAAGUCAAGGAUGCAAAAAGAGUGGCUCUUCUCGUAUCGAAAAACUACAUCAAGGCAACAAACAUAUUCCUUAUGCAUAACGGCUCAGAUAAGAUUAUCACCAGCAGACUUAUAACCCGAUGGCCCGAUGCAAACCACUCCGAUAUCCCAGCGCAGCGCAGCUCAGACCAUUCAGUGUCCAAAUUUAGCUAUCAGGAUCCCUUCAGCAAACUCUCUUAUCGACCAAUAGAUAGCCUCUCGAUAGAUGAAUCCAACCCCGCCGCAACAGUUCUGGACUGAAGAGCCAGAGUAUUUUACCCCGCCAAAAGCCAUUCACUCUGCUGAUGUUGAAGCAAAUUUUCAGUAAUAGGGCGCCCAAACCGCAUGUUUUUUUGCUCAUGUGGUGGAGAGCUCCGUCAUCGGGGAGAUUUUGACCAUCAUGUCAGUCACAGUAAUAGACGUUUCCACUAUCGGCGAGACUUCCUCUGAUGUGACAUUUCAUUCUUGAGUCUGCAAUUCGAAUUCCUCUGUCGUGAGGAGUCAGAAAAGGUCGUUGGAGUUGUACUAGCCCCGAUUUGCUUCGCGCCGUUAGACCCUCUCCUCGCUAUCUUGUCUCAAAACUUUCCUCCCAGUAACAAGCUCCAGUUCCGAACUUCGGCAUACACUACAGCAAGCAGCAGCAGCAGCAGUCAUGGAAUCAUUCAUCAUCAAGACCCCCAGCUCCAGCGCAAACAUUGGCCCUGGCUUUGAUGUCAUUGGCCUUGCUCUGUCCGUCUACCUUGAGCUUCAUGUAACCAUCGAUCGGUCAAAGACAAAGUCCGAGCACCCGCUCAACUGCAAGAUCACAUACGAGGGAGAGGGCGAGGAUGAGAUCAGCCUUGACCCCCAGGUCAACCUUAUCACACGUGUAGCGCUCUAUGUCCUGCGCUGCAACGACCAGAGGGCGUUCCCCGUUGAGACCCACGUGCAUGUCAAGAACCCUAUUCCUCUAGGUCGUGGCCUUGGUAGCUCAGGUGCCGCUGUUGUUGCUGGCGUUGCUCUGGGCAAGGAAGUUGGAGGAUUGAAGCACCUCGACAAUGACCGACUAUUUGACUACUGUCUCAUGAUUGAGAGACAUCCUGACAAUGUCGGAGCCGCCCUCUACGGAGGUUUUGUCGGAACAUAUCUCAAGCCCUUGACUCCCGAAGACGUUGCCCGAACCGAAAUUCCGCUUAGUGAAGUUCUACCUGCGCCAGCCGGAGGUGAGGACACGGGCAAGAAGCCACCGAACCCUCCCUACGGAAUUGGUCACCAUAUCAAGUUCCCAUGGGCCAAGGAGAUCAAGGCUGUUGCUAUUAUCCCUGACUUCCAGGUUGCUACACAUGCUGCACGAGGAGUGCUACCUGCGAACUACACUCGUCCCGAUGUGGUCUUCAACCUGCAGAGAAUUGCCCUUCUGCCCGUCGCCCUGGGCCAGUCCCCUCCCGAUCCCGAGCUCAUCCAUCUUGCCAUGCAAGACAAGAUUCACCAACCCUACCGCCAGACUCUCAUCCCCGGUCUGACCGAGAUCGUCGAAACAAUGUCUCCCAAGACCGACGAAGGCUUCCUCGGUGUCUGUCUAUCUGGUGCUGGUCCUACCAUUCUGGCUCUUGCUACGCACAACUUUGAGGCUAUCGCCGCUAAGAUUAUCGCUAAGCUGCGAGAACACAACGAGAAGAAGGAUCUACCGUGCCAAUGGAUGGUGCUUGAACCCGCGGAGGGUACCCAUGUCAUUCGCUCAUGAGUAUGAAAUUGUGAAAACAAAUACCAUGAGAGGAAGCAAGAUGACCUUGCAAUCAAAACCGUGGCUGGGGUUGCAUAGACAUGUGUAUCACGUAAAAGGAAUUAUGUUUGGCUGGCAAACUUCUGAGAAACGAGGAUAGAGGGUCACGCCAAGGUAUGGAGUAUGUGAGAACGAUUCAAUGAAAUAACGCAAUAAAAGGGAGAUUUAGAUAUAAAUUUUAAUUCGACUUAUGAAAAUGGUAGGCGGGCUAGAUAUAUUGUAUACGUGAUAUCUUGAACCAGGCCACGUAACUCGCAUCGUGGUCGUUAUGAAGUUCCAGAUAGGUAGGACUGAAUGUCAUCAUGAGAUAUGUAUUUUUAAAGUAUAAACAGAAUAAACUUAGAAAAACCUUCAAAUACAAGGAUCCUGCAAUGCUAGCA